AUUCCUCAUCCUCUCUCCACGCUCCUUGAUAUGGCUCCCCAUCACCGUUCACUAUAUCGUCGUCUAGCCCCAUCGUCUUGACCUUAAACAAUACUUGUGUAUAAAAACACUGAAAUCACUGACCGCGGUUUCAGUCAAUCGGUUCUGAAAUCCAUCCUAGAUUAGGAUUGGCCUCCGGUUAGCCUAAUCUUACAAAAAUGUCUCCAAAUCAAGAAAUAAAACAGACCGAAAAUAAUCGCGAUAGUUGUGCAUAUAGCAACGGGGGUUAUGUCAGUGAUACGGAUACGGAAAAAAAUAAAAUGAGUGGUGAAAAAACGCGGGGUAAUGCCGACCCAACGAAAGAAAACUCUUUAGAUUUUUUGAAAAAAGGCGUUUUGCCGAAUACCAACGAUGCAUUUACAGAAAAUACCGCAGGUGUUGAUAAAGGAGAACCCUUUGAAUUCGAUGACCUGUUACCGCACAUUGGCGAAUUUGGAUUGUACCAAAAAAUUUUGUUUUUGCUUAUGAUCCCGUUCGCAUUUUUCGUGGCAUGGGUUUAUUUUACUCAGAUUUUCAUUACCAUCGUUCCUGAGCAUUAUUGGUGCAAGAUUCCAGAAUUAGCAAAUUUAACGGUCGAAGAAAGGAUGGCUUUGGCAAUUCCAAGAGGAAGUAAUGGAUUUGAAAAAUGUUUAAUGUAUGAUGUCGAUUUUACGGAAGUAAUUAAAAAUGGUGUCAAAAAAGCGGAUCCGUCUUGGAAAACAGUAUCUUGUCAACAUGGAUGGGAAUAUAAUCACAGCGUUGUGCCAUAUGCUUCCAUUUCUACAGAGCAAAACUGGGUUUGUGAAAAUGCCGCCUUACCAACUACUGCCCAAUCUAUCUUUUUUUGUGGUGCCAUUUUAGGAGGUCUUAUUUUUGGUUGGAUGGCUGACAGAUUUGGUCGAAUACCAGCACUUGUGGGUACCAACAUCGUGGGAUUUAUAGGCGGUAUUGCUACAGCGUAUUGCAAUUCCUUUUGGAUUUUUUGUGUUUGUAGAUUUCUCGUCGGAAUGGCAUUUGACAAUUGUUUCACAAUGAUGUACAUUUUAGUUUUGGAGUACGUCGGACCUAAAUGGAGAACGUUUGUAGCCAACAUGUCAAUAGCAUUGUUCUUUACUUUUGCUGCCUCUAUUCUACCAUGGAUAGCUUACUAUUUAGCAGAUUGGAGACUUCUGUGCUACGUUACUUCAGCUCCUCUAGCAUUAGCCAUAUUUACACCAUGGCUUGUUCCAGAAUCUGCGAGGUGGUUGGUGUCACAAGGUAAAACGGAAAAAGCAAUAGGUAUUUUAAGAAAAUUUGAAAGGAUCAACAAAACAAAUGUAACCGAAAAAGUUUACGACCAAUUCAAAAGUUCUUGUGCAAAAGCUCAGAAAGAAGAAGACGCUGACAGAACUUACACGGUUCUCGAUUUAUUCAAAACACCAAGAUUGCGUAAAAUAACAAUAAUUUUGGUCUUUCUCUGGAUGGCAAUUUCACUGGUUUUCGAUGGACACGUAAGAAACGUGGAGACUUUAGGUUUAGAUAUUUUUUUAACGUUUACAAUUGCAAGUGCUACAGAAUUUCCCGCAGAUACGUUUUUGACUAUGGUGCUAGAUGUCUGGGGAAGGAGAUGGUUAGCUGCUGGAUCCAUGAUAGUGAGCGGAAUUUUCAGUCUACUAGCUACUACAGUUCCUUUAGGUCUUCCUUCAGCGACUUUAGCUAUUAUGGGUAGAUUUGCUAUAAACAUUUCCUAUAACAUUGGACUGCAAUAUGCCGCUGAAAUAUUGCCAACUGUUGUUAGAGCUCAAGGAGUAGCUUUAAUCCAUAUUAUGGGAUACGUGGCUAGUAUUAUAGCUCCCUUCGUUGUAUAUUUGGCUAACAUUUCAACAUCACUGCCUCUAUUAAUUUUAGGAGUAUUAGGAAUUUUGGGUGGACUACUGGCACUCUUUCUGCCAGAAACUCUCGAUCAAGAAUUACCACAAACAUUACAAGAUGGAGAAAACUUUGGUUUGGGGCAAAAACUUUGGGAUUUCCCCUGCGUACAGAAAAAAGAAGUGGAGACGGUUGAAGAAUUCUACAGGGCAGGUUCCAUUAGAGCUUCAAAUAGGGGAGCAUCAUUUAGGGGUCAAGUGAGAUCCAGUAUGCUUAAUAGGUCUAGAAGAUCUAUAAAGUCUGGUGGUGUUCCGGAAAAUCCUAUUUAACCCCCCAAACGAUAAUGUCUUAGAUAAGAAUUGUAAGGUGUUCAUCUUUCAAUAGUAAAAUUAUUAUGUGUAACUAUUAAAUGUAGAAAGAGAUAAUAUAUUUUCAGAAUUAACAUAUUUUUAUAAAAAAAGUAGGUAGUUAAUUUUAUUAGUGAAAACAGUAUUAUUUUUGAGUAAUUGAUUUUUUGUUAAUCACGAUUAAUUUUUUGUAGAGUAAUUUACUUUAGUUAUAUUAGCAACAAAGUUCAGCUCCGUUUUUGUAUCAAACUGGAGCUAUCUUAUGAAAUGAAAUAACAAGCUAUUCAACAGUGCAAGUAUAAAGUUUUAUCAUCUAUUAUAUUAUAAACAUUAUGUACCUGUACCAGAUAAUUAAAUUAAUAAAAAUAGGAUAUAAAUAAACACUUAAUUACUUAUAGAAAUUUUGGUUCUAUAUAUUUUUUUUAUGAUCCCUACUAAAUUUUAGAGUGAACAUUGCAUUAGGGAAUGUUUACAUUACAUAUCACUUUCAUUAAAUAAAAACAGAUUUAUUCCUUGCACUGAUGUAUCGUCUUUAAUUUUGGAUUUUUGAUUAUGUACCUAUUAAAAGAUCUCCUUACAUUUUUUUGAGAUAUUGUAUUCUCGAGCUGUGAUGUGAUACAAAGUUUGUUAAUUAAUUAAAUUAAAAUAUUUUUUAAAUUAAGUGCCAGUUUUUUCACCUCUGAGUGAGGUUGAAAGUAACUGCUUGCUGAUUAAAGUAUAGGGCUAUUGUUCAUUAAUCUGUCAAGUAAACCUUCAUGUAACUUUACUAAGAGGUGAAGAAAUCGGCCCUAAACCAAAUAUUGGUACUUUUAAAACGUUUACACUAUGAGAAGGUAUAUUAAAAUUAUACAAUUACUGUUAAAUUUAUUAUUCUGACUUUUAUUGAGAGAGAUGCAUAAUUUGAUGUGAAGAUAAACCAAACAGAAAAUGUCGAAUCACGGUUGCAAAACUUAUAUAUCUUCCAUCAUAAAAACUAAUUUAAUUACCUAUUGUUAUCUAUCUGAUGGUUUAUUUUUGAUAGCUUAUUCUACAUAAGCCAACAUUAAAAUUUAACAAUCUGUAAAGUGGGAAGAGAUUUACAUAAGUUUUCAAAGAUUUUCACCCUGAUUUUUCUUCUUGUUUGGACUUUUCACGACUUUUAAAUACUGCGUAACAGCUUAUUUUAAACAGGUCUCACAGUGUAAGUGUAGUUGUUAUAACAUAAUUUAUUGUUUUUAAUCUAUUAAUUUGUAAUGUAUGUGUGAGA